AUGAGCGAGCAGCUGAAGGACCCGUUAAAGUACUACAAGGAUCUCGCCAAUCUCUAUAAGCUCGAGCUGGAAUGCUACAAAGAAAGGGUCAGGAUAUGUGGGGCUGCUUGCCCCAUAGAUUCUGACGUUCGCAAGAUGGUUGCAUAUUUGGGUGCUUAUUCCGAUCAUAUGGUUAUUGAACACGAGGAGCUGAAAAAGGCUGCUAUCGUACUCGUUGGAGCUGUUCAGGCGGCACAGGACGACGGCCUCCCGGCAAUCUCCGAAAACACGGAUCUCUACGAGUACCUCGGAAUGGGCCAGAACUUCGACGACGUCACCAUGCCGUGCCUUCUUGAAUUUCAACAGAUGCUUGGUCAUGAGUUCUUCGACCCCAAUCGAUACUUACAAAACCCGGAGCCAGUUGGAGCAUUUGGCGGGCUCUUUGAUGGGACGAUGGGGCUUGGGUUUUCAAGCAACCUGGUGGUUGGUCAAGCACGUCACCGCGAGGUCGAUCCCUUGGCUUCCAUCAUUUCGGGCAUCAGCAACAUGUUUAACCCAAAGGUUCCGGUCAAGUCGGAUCCGAAGAAGCUGCGCAAAGUGAUCGCCUACAUGAUCCAGAAGGCGCAAGAGAAGAACAUGAACUCUACC